GUUACUGUUACUCUUAAUAACAUCGUGGGGCUACAGACCUUGAAAAACGAUGGCUGUCCCGAAGAGAUCCUUGGUAGGGUACCAUCUGAGUUCAAGAGCAGGCUGAUGAGUGUACUUCGACAGCCAUUCGAUCAGAGUGAAUAUGAUGAUCUUAUGGCAAUGGCGACUCGUCGCAUACGUAUAACGAAGUUCAAGGAGUUGCGAAACAUGUCCAUACCUUAUUCAACAAAUGCGUUGGGCUAUUCAUAUUUUGAUCAUUACCCAGAUCUUGCCAGACAGAUGGAAUGUGCUGAUCCUCACAGGGGCUUGAGUCUGUUGCGAGGGUUCUUCUUUUGGUUACAGAAUGUUGGCCAUGAAGGAGCAUUUAUGCCCUGGGUGGCUGCAUCCACAAGCUACAAGUCAGUGCCUUACAAUGAUUGCAAGAAAACAGUUUCGCACCAGAGUUCAAAUUGAAAUUUUCUGGAAGAUGAGUUUGGGGACAUCUUUAUCUUGUUCUGUAAAUAAAUCAGGCCUCUCAUCAGUAUAAAUUAACUAUCGGGGUUAAAAGCUAUGGUUCUUUUUGUAAAUGUAUAUGCUCAACCUGGGAUUUUCGUUUCUAGUAACAUCAUGCUUGGGCACUUGUUAAUGAUUGGUGCGCCAUGUGUAUACAUUUUGCUUUCGCAUCAAUCAGAAUCAUAGAUUACGAAGUU